UUCAGCCUCCCUUUCAAACCCAAGCUGUCUGCUUUCCCCACCGGAAAUGGCGGAAACCCCCGCCGCCCCGACGGAGUGCGAGCGCCGGCGGCAGGAGAAUAUCCUCCGCAACAAUGCUAUCCUCGCCCAGCUCCGCCGCGACGCUGCCGAGGUCUCCGCCCUCUUCGCCCCCGCCCGCCCCAAGAAGCAGCCCCGGGCGACCCCGCCCGCCCCCGCCGGCCCCCCCGCGCCGCUCCGGCCGCACGCGCCUCCAGCCGCCGCCGCCGUCCUCCGCCGCUGCUCUCCCUUCCGCUCGCCUCAAGCCCCGGUCCUCCCACUUCCCCAUCCCCGACGUGUUCGUCGCCAAGGCCGUGACGGACGCCUCGGCGCCGCUUACCUCCGCCAUCCUCGCCGCGUCCUGGCCGACCGAGGGUGGGGUUCGCUCUUCGAACCCGGCGAGCUGGUUCUGAGACCGGAGAAUGUGAGGAAGCUGGCGACGACCGUGAUUGCGGUGGCGCGGGUGCUGCCGCUGGCGGACCGCACGGUGGUCGCCGCAGGGACAAUGCAGGGGCAUCUUGUGUUCUGGGACGCGGACGGCCCCGGGCCGGAACCGCGACUGUGCCAAGCGUACGGUACCCGCGGUGUUUCCGACGGCGUGUUCAUGUACCACCCGCACACAGGAUCCGUUGGGGGGAUCACGGCUCACCCCUCUGCUCCAAGGAAGAUGUACAGCUGUACCCAUGAUGGUGACGUUUGUCUCAUGGACGUGGAGAAGGAGAUUUUCAAUGCGAUAUAUCUGUGCGACUAUCCUGCAUUCUCCCUUUGCCAAGCACCAGAUAAUGCCACUUGUUUGUAUUUUGGUGAAGGGAAUGGGCAGCUUAAGGCUUUCGAUGAGAGAGUGGGUAAAGUUUCAAGCAAGUGGCUACUGCAUCAUGAUUCCAUUUGCUCAAUAGACAUUAAUCCAGAGAACCCAAAUAUGCUUGCAACUAGUUCAUUGGAUAGUACGGCUUGUUUAUGGGAUUUAAGAAACAUGAAAUUGCUGAAACCAGAGAGCUUGAAGGUUGUCAAACAUGAACAUAGUGUUCAUUCAGCUUAUUUCUCACCAAGCGGGAGCUUUCUUGCUACAACAAGUCGUUUUAAUACUGUUGGAACUCGUUUUAAUACUCUUGGAAUUUUAAGUGUGCUCAACUUCAACAAUUCAUGCUUUCAACAGCAUUCUUGUCCUUCAACUACAUUCAGGGCAAGUUGGGGAUUUAAUGACUCCGAACUUCUGCUUGGAACCGAAAGGGACAUACAAAUCACCUCUAUUGAUCUAAGAAAUGAUAGUAUCUCCAUUUCCUGCAAAGCACGCCAUGAAAGUGAAUACAUGAGUGAGGCUCCAGGCCUGUUUUCUGUGCAUCCAUACCGAGUUGGGCAUCUUGCCUGUGUGGGACGCAAUAAGGUGUUCCUUUGGACACCGGAGCAGGAUACGGAGGAGGAAAUGCCCUAUCUGACCGAGUAGUGAUAUUUGGUUAUCUGCCAGUUCAGGCGUUGAUGCAUUGGUCUAGUCCAGAAUCCAGACUGAGGAUCAGGGGGCUCUUAGAUGAGUUGAUGGUUGGAAGACCUGAUGAUCAUUUGAGCGCUAGCUAUCAUCAAAAUUCUAGUACAAUGGUUAGUGCUAGGUAGGUUGACUUGAAUCCGCGCACCUUGAUUUAGGGCUAGGCCGGAACCGAUGCUUCUAAACAAGCUCUUAAGUGCAUAUUUUGUUUAAGUGGCCUGGAAGAAAUGCUCUAGAAUGCUAGAAUGUUUACUUUAGUGCUAAUCAAUUCUAGACUUUGACGAUCCUUGACUUAUUAUGUUUUGGUUGGUACUCUACUCAUUGUUCGGAUUGAUGGUUCCACUUCCAACGAUGCUUGGCUCGUACGGACUGUUUUUAAUUUUCCUUA